UUUCUUAAUUCUCAGUUCUCAGUUCUCAGUUCUCAGUUCGGCAUCCUUCAACCGCCAGGUUCUGGUGCAGAACUGAGGAAGAAAUGUUGAAAAGUCAACGGUUUAAGCGCGCCAUCAAGCCGAAGAAAACGUUUCCGGCAAACGACGAAGAACCAUUAACGACUUCAAGGUCUAAGAAAUCCAUUACUGUUAGAGCCAAACCCAAGCCCAAUCUCAAGGUCCUGCUCCCGACUCUGGAAUCGUUCUUCGAUAAUGAGAAAGCGGCGAUAUUGAGCCCUGAUUUCUUCCAAAUCGACGCCCUAGAUCUCGCACCCCGUCUCCUUGGGAAGUUCCUCCGGCGAGACGAUGUGGUUCUUCGGAUUACUGAGGUAGAGGCUUAUAGACCAAACGACACUGCUUGUCAUGGUCGCUUCGGUAUCACAGCAAGAACAGCCCCUGUUUUUGGACGAGGAGGGCAUGCUUAUGUUUAUCUUUGCUAUGGUCUCCAUACAAUGCUUAAUGUUGUAGCAGACAAGGAAGGGUUAGGUGCUGCGGUCUUGAUACGUUCUUGUGCUCCUGUCAUGGGGUUAGAGACCAUUCAACAGCGCCGUGGUCAGAAUACUAAUAAGCCUGUCCUCCUUGCUGGGCCAGGGAAGGUUGGUCAAGCACUGGGGAUAUCAACGGAAUGGUCAAACCACCCUCUUUACACCCCUGGUGGUCUUGAAAUUUUAGAUGGGCCCAAACCAGAGAAGGUGCUAGUUGGUCCACGAGUUGGCAUUGAAUAUGCUUCACCUGAGCAUGUUAGUGCUUUGUGGAGGUUUGCAAUUGCCGAUAGCCCAUGGAUAAGUGCUCCUAAAAGUACCCUUAGACCAGCUUGAUAUAAAAUUUCAAGUACUGAAGGAAUCCAUGGAUGGCAAUAGAGUAAAAGACGAUAAAAGACAGACAACAAAAACACAUACGUGACAAGAAAUGUGGAAAGAUUGACAGAAAAAAUGUAGAAAGCUUGCAAGUGUAUAGUCUUGUUAUUUGAUUUAAAAUAUUUGGAAAUGACUUGAGAAAUAAUCCUUUUGGAGUUGAAAAGGAUGGCAGAAUUUUUCACCUUGUGUAUCGCAUAGGAAUAGUUUGGAUUGGCUAAAACUUUCACUAGUUGUGCGAUUUGGAAGGGUUCCCAUGUAUCAGUAUUCACCCUCCCCCCCUCAAUAGUUUGGAUUUCAAUUCUA